ACCAUAUUGACAGUUUCAAGUUAUAAUAAUGUUCCAGAACGUCAUGACUCCUGCGCAGAUGUACCAGAGUUUAUUCCGGACUUUCCCGCUUGUACCUCAGCCAGUGACUUCAACGUCAACAUCAGCCUCGUUUUUCGUCGAAAAUUUACUACGCGAAGGACAUACCGAGUUUAUGACGCGACCUAUGACGUCGCUGGCGUCUCUGACGUCUAUGCCGGGUGCGAACGUAGGGUUACCCGGCGGUCUGACCAUGACGUCUUUUCAAGCGGGUGCAAGGACACAUGACGGCGAGCAUAACGUGACGUCACCGAGUAAUAAGACUCCUUUCUUGAAAUUCGGAGUGAAUGCGAUUCUUGGAACAGAUAAAGAGAGUCGAUCUAGUCCAUUGAGUACGUACACGGGCAGCCCCAGUCACAUGACCGGAAGUCCAGGCAUGUGCCCCAAGCCAUGCAGCCCGUCUCUUGGGUGCCAGUCCUGUGUACCCCGCCAGCAGUUUUUCUAUGAACACCCGUUUCAGGGAAUGCUGAGGCACCCGUAUUUCACAGGGUCCCCGCUACUGCCGAUGCCGAGUGCAUUCUCGUUCCUCAGUCAGAUGAGGGGGAAGCCGCGGCGGGGGAUGUUGAGGCGGGCGGUGUUUUCGGACAUGCAGCGGAAGGGGCUCGAGAAGAUGUUCCAGAAACAGAAGUACAUCAGCAAGCCGGACCGUAAGAAGCUGGCAAACAAACUUGGACUAAAGGACUCGCAGGUAAAGAUCUGGUUUCAGAACAGACGCAUGAAAUGGCGCAAUUCCAAGGAAAGAGAACUCUUGUCUUCCGGUGGAUCACGUGAUAAUACGCUUCCCAAUAAAAACAAUCAAACUCCAGAUUUAAAUGACGUAAAUACGAAAGAUACAAGUGACGUAGAAGAUAAUUCCGAACCAGAGUACAGCGGCGAGUCUUCGACGUUAGAAAAUCGACCGGAGGAAACGGUGUCCGAUUUAAAUCCAUACGCCCAAAUGACUGUGACGUCACAGCAGAUUUUUAGACAAAUGGGUGACGUUGAAGACGAUUUAGAAUCCGUUUCUGACAGUGGUGAAGAAGAGAUUGAUGUGUCCUAAGCAAUUUCCACGUGUUCUAUACAUAGUUGUUUUUGUUACAACAUAUACUAGUAUUUAUAAUGUACACCGUAUUUUAAAUUCUAUCUAUGCGGUGCAUGCUUUUGUGGAAAACAGAAAUACGAAUAUUGACGGGAUUGUAUUAUUUAUUAAUCGUUCACGGUUAAUCGUUACAGGUACAGCAUUAAUUAAAUGAUGACAAUCGCGUAAUCGAUACACGUUUAUGAUUGAAAUAUGCGCAUUCGUUUGCAAAACGUAAUGCGUAAGUUUAUGUUUUUUGCAGAUGUAUCCACUGUAUCUCCAUGCAGUCAUUAAGCACGAUGUGCUUACUAAAUGUCUAUAUCGUGUUUCUCUUAUUUAAUCGUAAAUUUACUAAUUUGAAGUUAGUCACUGUAUUUACAACUUGAACUCAGUCUCAAACGUCACACCGAACUGCAUACGUCUGAAACAC